AGAGCUCGGGGGCCGGCGCGCGCGCGCGGGAAGGGCUCAGUCGGCGCCGCGCCGUGCCGGGAGCGCGCGUCGGACGCCGCCACACGGGGCCCCUGAGCGGCCGCCAGCGCUCCGGCAGAGCCAGGUAAGGUUCCUUACGUUUGAAGAUGCCACGCUACGGAAAAAUCAUUGUCAUUAAAAGGAACGGGACUGAUGGAAUUGUUUUUCCACUCACCUCAACUUCGUGUUUAUUUGGAAGGAAAACAGAAUGCGACAUCCGCAUGCGGCUGCCCUGGGUGUCCAACGAGCACUGCAAAAUCGAGAUCAACGAGAACAAGGAGGCAGUCCUGACCAAUCUGAGCUCAGUGAACCCCACGCAGCUGAACGGGGCUGGCUUUGAGCAGCCCGUUCCCCUGAAGCACGGAGAUGUGUUAACCAUUAUUGAUCGUUCUUUCAGGUUUGAAUAUCCUCCGCAAUCAACACCGGAAAAGAGGCGUUCCAGGUCUCCAAAAGAUGAAACUCUGCAGGUUCUUCAUGUUCAGCAGGUGGCAGAAGUGGAAUUAUUACACAAACAACCUCCAGGAGCUAAAAGCCUGCAUGCUUCAGAUAAUGCUGAGUGUGAAGAAAAAAACACCAAUGAAAAUAAACAAACUCCAGAGAAAAAUCUUCCUGGAGCUUUCCCUGUCAAACUCCAAACACCCAAAUCUUCACAGAGAAUGCAUCGUGUUCUUAAAAAGCAAAAUGAAAUGUCUCCCUUUAGUCAACUCUAUCAAAGUGUGAAAAAGGAGCUGAAAAUGGAAAAACCUCUGCACAGGAGAAGUUCCUCUCAGCAAGCUGCAAAAGGAAGCCCUGGGAGCGUUCUGCCAGAGCCAAGCGCUCCCGUUUCCUCCCAGAGUUGUCUUUUUGAUCUGGGCAGCCCGGCUAAAGGAAAGGAAACAGGCAGGAUGGAACAAAUUGAAAAAUGUCCAAUUGUGAGACUAGAAGAAGAAAACAGCCCAGGGGUUGACCAGCUGUCAGCUGGGGGAGGAACUCCCGAGAGGAGUUUCACCCAGAGUCCUCGAGCUCCCAUUUCAGAGGAGGUGUCAGGAGAUACCAGUCAGAGUCCAUUGCAGGAUCCCAAGGGAUUAAGGACACCGGGCGGAUCCAGAGGUGCUGCAGUUACACCCAGGCCCAGCAGGGAGAACCACAGGAACUCCCUGGUGUUGCUGGAGCAGUGCUCCAUAGAGAGGUUUGUUUGUCCAGUUCAAGAGCCAGUUCCAGUGUGCAGCCCCAGAACCCUGGGUGCCUCUGGAGGAGGUCGGUGUGUGUUGAGCACGCCAACGCCCAGGAGGAAGAGUCCUCGGUCUCUUCUUGUGUCACCUCCCAGAGAAAGCACUGCAGUGAAUCCUGGCACUCCAAGGACCCCACGGCGUGGCUCGUUGAAACUGAAGUCACUUCCAGAAAUCCCAGCUGGAGCUCCAAGGGAAGAUCCGGUGUGCAGAGCUGAGAACACACAACUGCCUUUGCCAGAAGACAAAAGCUUAAAGCAGAGACGAAACAGCAAGCAACAAACACCAGGCAAACCUGCCCAAGAGGUGCUGAAAGAAAUCUGGGAUCAGGCAAACCUGGAGAACUCAAAGGUGGGACAUUGUGGAAGCCCUGCCUCUCUCUCUAAUUCCAAGAGUCCCAGAAGAAGCAGAAGGGAAAGUAAAGAAUUCCUGGACAAAAGUGCCCAUUCAGAGGCAUUGGCUGCAGAAGGAAUGUUGGCUUCUCCUGCUGGUCAGACACAUGGAAGGAAAAGGGGAAAGCCAAGAAGCUCUGGAGCUCUGGCUGAAUCAGCACUGGAGACAAACGCUGCUCAGGAACAUCCUGGUUCAGGCAGAAAAGCCAGUGGAGCUCCAGCAGAGCUGGCCAUGGACCGGUGUCACCAAAACCAGGAUUUGGAAGAUGCCAGUCCUACAAGACCUCAGAGACCAUCAGGCAAGAGAAGAUCUCCUGGAAGUGCUGUUGAGCUGACAGACACUGAGCCUGGCCCAGAAACCAAAGCUUCUGGCCUCUCUCAUGGGGAAGACUCAGGCAAGACAAAAAGAAUCUCUCAGAAGAGGAAAAGUGAUGAAACGCUCCCUCAGACUUUGGGCAAAAGAAAGAGAGUGUCCUUUGGGGGUCAUCUGAGCCCAGAACUCUUUGACAAAAGUUUGCCUCCCAACUCUCCCCUGAAGAAAGGAGCUCUCCCUGCCAGGCGGAGUUUACCCCAUGGAAACUCUCCUCGGGCUGUGCUCAAAAAGGCUCAGGGCUUGAAGCUCUUGAUAAAUCAGGAAGCAAAAAGGUCACCCAAAAACUCGCCAGCCCAGGAGCCCCCGGGUGCCUCUUCCCCUGUCUCAACACCCAGAGUCCCUUCAGGCUCUCCAGCCCCCUUCAGGAGAGGACGUUUCUCCAUCUCCCAGCCCCCCACACCCUUCCCAAUUGCAGAGGAGAAGGACGCUGGCACAGAAGACCUGGAUCCAGAGGGGAAGAGUGCUGUCCAAGGGAAAACCCCAAAAUCUUCUCCUGCUGCCCAGGAUGCCGAAGCCUUGGUGACAGGGACGCCUGCCAAGUCAGCCAGAGGGGCCCAGCUGCGUUUGAAGGGCUCUGCCAUGAAGAGCAGAGGUGGGGCUGUGGCUGUUAUCAGUGCCAAGAGGAGAAGUGGUGCCUCCAGUGCCAAUUUAUUAGUUGCAAAAUCUUGGGCAGAAGUGGUAAAAUUGGGGGUUGCAAGACCACAGCCAAAGACUGCUAAAAAAAGUGUCCGUAAAGGAGGAGCCCUGAAGAGACUAAACCACCCACCCAAGACUCCAGAGAAGAAAAUAAAAGGUCACUUCAGCACAGGUCAUGCAGAGUCACCUGCUACCAUAGUUGUGGGUAAAGCUUAUUCCACCACAGUCGGGUCAGCUGGACACGUCCCCAAAGUGGUAAAAAAUCCCAAGCUGAAGCUAAACAUGGAUAUGGAUGAAAGUUUCACAGGAGUGCCUGAAAUGUUCCAAACUCCAAAAAAUCAGGGAGGAAGAACAAAUCCUUUGGCUGCUGCUCAGAGCACCGAUGUUACACCACCAUGGGCUGCAGGGGACAUUUCUGACUUGCACACUCCUGAGGAAUCUGGAGAGAUGAUGGUGUCACCAUUAAAUAAUUCAGAUGCUUCAGAGCAGAAGCAAGACAGUCCAGGCAUAUUCCACCUUCUGAGAGAGGAGUCAUCUCCACCUAAGUUUGAUGAAAUAGCCACAAAAACUCCUGAAAAAAGAAAAGCUGUGCACAAAGAUACUGCGGAUAGCUUGGCAGUAAUUCCAGAAAAACCAGCAUCUCUGGUGAGAUCAGGAAGUAAAAGGAGGACUCCAAAGCAGAAGCUGGAGCCAGUUGAGGCCAUGCCAAGCAAAAGGAAGAUUUUAAGGACCCCUGAGCAAAGGUCAGAACCAGGAGAGGCUUUGUCAGGUAUCAAGAGACUCAUGAAGACCCCAAGGCAGAAGCCUGAGCCUACAGAGGUUUUGUCAGGCAUCAGACGGCUCCUGAAGACCCCGAAACAGAAAUUGGAGCCUACUGAAGUUUUGUCAGGCAUCAAACAGCUCUUGGAAACCCCAAAUCAGAAGUUGGAGCCUGUAGAGGUUCUUUCAGGCACCAAACAGUUCUUGGAAACCCCAAAGCAGAAGUUGGAGCCUGUUGAGGCUUUGUCAGCCAUCAGGCAGCUCAUGAAGACCCCAAAGCAGAAACUGGAGCCUGUAGAGGCUUUGUCAGCCAUCAAACAGCUCAUGAAGACCCCAAAGCAAAAAUUGGAGCCUACUGAAGUUUUGUCAGGCAUCAAACAGCUCUUGGAAACCCCAAAUCAGAAACUGGAGCCUGUAGAGGUUCUUACAGGCAUCAAACAGCUCAUGAAGACCCCAAAGCAGAAACUGGAGCCUGUUGAGGCUUUGUCAGCCAUCAGGCAGCUCAUGAAGACCCCAAAGCAGAAACUGGAGCCUGUAGUGGCUUUGUCAGGCAUCAAACAGAUCUUGAAGACCCCAAAGCAGAAGUUGGAGCCUGUAGAGGCUUUGUCAGGCAUCAAACAGCUCAUGAAGACCCCAAAGCAGAAACCGGAGCCUGUUGAGGCUUUGUCAGGCAUCAAGCAUCUCAUGAGGACCCCAAAGCAGAAACUGGAGCCUGUGGAGGCUUUGUCAGGCAUCAAACAGCUCAUGAGGACCCCAAAGCAGAAACUGGAGCCUGUGGAGGCUUUGUCAGGCAUCAAGCAGCUCCUGAGGACCCCACGGCGGAAGCCAGAGCCAGUGGAGGACCUGUCAGGCCUCAAGCAGCUCCUGAGGACCCCACAGCGAGAGCUGGAAGCAGUCACAGAUGAAGUUGCCUUGCAGAGGUUGCUGGAGACUCCAGUAGAGAGCAGGGAAGCAGUAAAAGCUGUGCCAGGUGUGACUUCAAGCAAGAAAACCCCAAAGCUGAAAUCCCAACCCGUGGAAGACGUGUUUGGCAUCAGCCGCAUUUUCCGGACGCCAAAGGAGAAGGUGGAGCCUGUGGAGAGCAUGUUUGGAAUCAGCAGAUUGAUGAAGUCUCCUAAAGAGAAAUAUCAGCCGGUUGAGGAUUUUGUGGGGCUGCAAAGGCUCAUGGCAGAACCCAGGCAGAAAUCUUCUGAUGCUGAGGUGGACUAUGCUGGAGUGACUGAAAUGUUUGGUACCCCAGAGGAAAUGAAGGUCAGAUCAGUAAAUGUUAUGGAUUCUCAGGGAGAAAUUGCACCUCCUGCUUCUGAUUCCAGUCAUAAACAUGAAGAGAAAGGAGAAGUUUCCCAAGGUGAAGAUUCCCAACAGAAGGACCCAGCUGGUGAAGAGCAGCCUGCCCAGAGACCCAGAAGGGGCAGGAGGGCUGUGCCUGCUGCAGCAAAGCCAAGUGAAAAUGGUGCGAGUUUAAAGGAGUUGCAGGGUCCUGCCACCCAAGAGGAGAUGGGAGUGAUCACGCCUGAGAACAAGGGGAGAGGAAGGAGGACAAAGCACUGCAUACAAGGAGUUGCUCCAAAGUGCCCUGAUCAGGAAGGGCUUGACGUUGUUUCAUCUGUGGAACCACCUGGAGCUGCUCAGAGACCAGGAAGAGGUAAAAGGAAAGAGCUGAAGGAGGUAAAACAUCCAAAUGAACAUCUGGAGGCUGGUGUUGAAGAUUCCUCAGUGCCACAAAAAGCACCUGCAAAUACCGAACAGAGUUUGCAGGCCUGUGGCAUCAGUGAAACUGAAGAUGAUCCAGGCACAAAGGAAGGACCCGGAAGCACUCGGAGGGAAAUCUGUCAGCUGCAAACAGGUUUAAAUAAUCCUGAUAGCAAAGCUGCUGACAGUGGGAUAGAGGACAGUGAAGAAGCGCUCCUGUCACCGAGGAGGAGGCGCAGAGGUGUGGAGAACACAGAAGCAGUGAUUCCACCAAAAAGAGGGAGACGAGCAAGGAAUGACCAAGGUAAAGCAGCUUCUCCAGGAGACCUUCAUGGAACAGCCAGAAAGCUUCGUAAAGACCUGUCCCCAAAGGUUGCACUAAGACAGGAGCAGGCUUGUGACAAAGCUCCUGAGGCUGCCGCUGCACAAGAAUCUGAAAAUGGCACUAAACUUGAACUGAAGGCAACAGAGAGAAGAGUUAAGUCUCUUAGAAGUACUAGAAACAGAAAGCACUCAGCUGAAAUGAAAGCAGACACUCGUGAGGUCGCACUUGAAAAUACACAAAACAUUCAGAAAACUGAGGAAACAUCAAGUGAAACUGGUGCUGAAACGCAAUCCCACGUGAAAAAUAGGAUGAAAGGAUCACAGGGAUGUGAAACAGAAAAUGCUCAGGAAAAUACAACAGAGGCAGCUCGAAGAUUAAAGGCAGAGUCACCUUCUGCAGAGACAAACAAAAUGCCAGUCAGCGCUCAGAACACGGAAGCAAACAGGGCUAGAAACAGGAGAGGCAAAAAAGACUCUUUGGAGCAAAAAGCUGAGGAAUUUACUGAAAAUAAGAACAGCCUAAAACCAGUUACUCCCAAAUUUAAGUCGGAAACAGAAGUGGAUGAAUCUUCUCUCCAGGAGUCCGGGGGCUCUGUUUGUGUCAGUGCAGCCCAAGGCAGGGAGGUGCCCAGCCCAGGUGCCCCAUCAGUCCCUGCUGCAGACGCCGCCAGUCCUGCUCAGGGCACUCAGAGGAUGAGAAAUGAACGGGGAAUACUCAAAGCAAAGCAAGCUGAAAUCCUGCAGGACGAUCCAGCACAAAGAAAUGCAGUGAUGUGUAGAAGAGGAAGAGGUAAAAAAGUUAAUUUUCAGCUUGAAGAAGGCAGCUCCAAAGCAAUUGAAGGCAAAAGUUUACCUGAGGGUGAUGAAGGGAUGACUGACAAAGAUAAUCAACCUGAGAGUUCUGAAAAUCCUCCUUCACAGGGAAGGAGGGGCAGGAGAAAGCAACUUGAUUCCAUCCCACAAAAAGCGAGUCCUGCCUUUAUGGAAAACCAAACAUUUAGUGCAGAUCGUAGGAAAGAUGAGGCUGUUGUACAAAAGCCAGGAGCAGCUUUGGAAGCUGCUCCCUCUUCAGCAGAGGACGAUCCGCCGAGGCGGGGCAGGAGACGCGAGGUGGCUGUAUCACCACAGACCAGAUCUCCUCCUGUCAGGACGAGACGUGGGCUGCUGCAGGGUGAUGCUAAACAGAGGGCAGAGAGAGAGGAAAACCCAGCUCUGGGUAAUGAAACUGCACAGGCAAAAGUGAACGCACCAACAAGGGACAGAAGAAAAAAGAUGGAUCCGGCAGCAGAGGCAAGAAGUUCAACUCCUCUCCAGGGAAAAUGUGGCUUGUCAGAGACUAAGGAUGAGGGUACUCAGGAAGAACAAAGCGUGCCUUUGGAAGCUGUGUCCUGUGCCAAGGAGAAGCCACCAGGAAGGGGCAGGAGGAAAGAAACUGCUCUGGCAUCACACGCAACCAAUUCCAUCUCUCUGCGAGGGAAGCGCAGGUUGCCCACGGGUGAUGGAGAAGAAGCUCCCAAAGAGGAGGAAAACAUUCCCUUAGAAACUUGUGAUCCAUCUGGAAAAGAAAAUCAACUGAGAAGAGGCAGGAGGAAGGAAAUUGCCCCCUUGGUAGAAGCCAAAAGUUCUACUCAGGGAAACCAGGUCCUGUCAAAACAAAGUGGUAGAAAAACUAACAACAGGGAAGCUAAACAGAGUUUGGACAAUUCUUCCCAAGAAAACACGGAGCUUCUAAAAAGGAGCUCCAGGCAAGCAACCACUUCACAGUCUUUUAGUCCCACCUCACUUCAGGGUUUGCCAGAAGAUGGUAAAGACAGAAUUGCUGAAGAAAAAAGUAAACUUUUGGAUGUAGCUCCACCUGCAAAAGAAAAUCCACCGAGAGUGGGCAGGAAGAAAACAACCUCUUCAACUUCUGAAGAAACAAUUUCCACUUCUCUCAGGGAAAAACCCAACCUGCCCAGAGGCAGAGGUCAGAAGAGGAUUCUUGAAAAAAGUGAAGAUGCAUCUCCAGAAAAUAACCUAUCCCAAGGAAGAGCAAGACAGUUGAGGAACAAUAGGAAGAAGGUGGAGGUGUCAUUAGAGACAGCUACUUCUGCUUCUCCCCAUAAAAGCAGUGACUUGCCAGGCAAUGGCAGCACUCGGGGUUUGAGUGGAGCACCCAUGGGUUCCGAAGACAAUCAGUCUGGGAAAGGCCAGGAGGGUGACCCUGCUCCACAGGCAGCCCCCACCUCUCGCAGAAGGAGGUGCCAGCUGCCAGCAGAGCACGUGCCACCCAAGAGAUUAAAAUCAGGGAAUGAUGAAAAUGGGUCUCUCCAAAGAGAAAGAAGAAACAAAACUAAACUUGGGGAAGAGGAUGCAAGGGCAGCUCAGACCACUGGAGGGAUGGAGAGGAGGACAAGAUCCAGCACCAGAACAAGCAAAUAGCCUUAGGAGGCCCAGAACCAGAUUUUAAAUCAAUUCAGUAAUUCCAAUGACAGGUCAUUUUAAUGUGAAUUGAUUUGCACUCUGAUUUUAAGCUAAGAUUUUUGGCAAUUACAUGGUCGCUUUCCAAAAUCUGUUUCUUAACGUGUCCACAGACAGGUGGUAGAUAUUUCUUUGGUAGCUUUGCCAACGUGUGGUGGUUUCUAAACCACGGGCUGCUUGUGCAAAGCUGCAAACAUAAAUUACAUUUUGUUUUACCAGCAUCUCUCCCCUUUCUCCUGUUGAUCCUGUUGAUCUCUCCUCUUUUUCCUUGUUUCCAGUGCAGCAAUCAGGAAGCCAUAUUACCGCCAGCUAAAGCUGUUUUCUGCUGAAAUUUUCCUAUGCUUAAGUCUUAUUUUUUGUUGGAGUUCUGUAAAUAUUCAUUUUUUUUUAAAUAGUUGUAUUAGCAGAAGCAUUAUGCUAAAUUUUUAAUGAGUUUUUUUAAAAAAAAUUAAGUUUGUACUGAAAAGUGCAGGUUUUGAAGUCAUUAAACUU